AUGGUGGGAAUACGUAUUUGUUAUGGAUCCGAUGUAGAUAAGGGGUGUAUUUUGUGUUGCAUUUGUACUUUUUGGUUGUAAACAUCAACAAUAUUCGCCUGUUCUUCGCUUCACAAAUGUGUAUCAGGUGAUAAAACAUUUAAGUCCUUGACCGAAUUGAGAAACUGUUUCAAUACCAAACGUGAAUUUUAAAAUGCUGAAAGACUCAUUUUAUACCUUUCAGAUGAGUUCCAAAGAUCAUGUCAUCAAGACGAGUCUGAAGCUCAAGAAGGGGAACGUGUUCAAGAAGAAAAAGAAAGUUGAUCUACGAGAGAUUGAUUUGACCAUAAAAAAAGAAGAUGAAGGUCCCAAGAAAACUGCGGCCGAGUUGGCGUUUGAGAAGCGACAAAAGGACACAGCCUUUGAGAGAUUGUCAAAGAAGGCAGCCAUCAGCCAUCGAGAGAAAGUCGAGAAGUUCAAUAAACAGAUGGAAGAGCUGACCGAGUUCAAUGACAUUCCCAAGGUAUCUUGGACGAAGUAA